AUGGAGACCAGUGGCGAGUUGACACACGCGUCCUUCGUUGACCAGCUCACUAGUUCCCCCACCACUGACACACAAAAGGCUUGGCACAUCUCCUCCAUGCUAUUAAGCUUCCGGCGGCCGGCGCGACCAGUGGAACUCGCAUUCCGAUGCACGCUUUUCCGAGCAACGCCAGAGUUGAUAGAAUAUCUGUGUUGCAUUCCAAAUUCUCCUAUUCUUUUAACUCCCAGCUACUAUGUCACUUUGUCAUCCUUUGGAUACCUUGCAAUUGCCGAAUUCUUCUCAAAUUCAAGUGUCGAUUUGGAUUUUCUGCCUCGUUUAAAGUUCGAUUUGGAGUUCAUGACUUAUUUUAGGAAAAGGAAGAGGACAACAAUGAAGGAAGUGUUCUUGCAGGAGUCAAAAAAGAGAGCAAAGGGAGAUAACCAAGAGGUGAUUCCGUAUUAUUAUGCUGAGGCAUGUGUUCAAGAUAAUGAAUCGAGCAAGGGCUUCACAACAAGAUUUCUUGCCAACAGUGUAGAGUCAAAUAUAAAAGACACCAAUGAAGAAAGAUGUUCCUCCGCAACAGGAUACCAAGAUUUCCCUCCUCAUCAUCUUCAGAAUUUCUUUCCAGCAAUGCUAGAGCACCAAAAAGUGAAGGCUUAUCCGUUUCAAGAGGUGGAUAGUCAUAGUACACUGCAACUACCUGUAUUUGCCACGGAAGCUCCAUUUAGUGAAGGAACUUGGGCCAAAGGAACAAGCUUCCCUGCAUCAUCUAGCUUGAAAUUGGAAAGCCAGAAUGCACAUCCAGCAAAACAAGUUGAGACUGCAGUUCAUCCUUCUGAAACUAUGGUUGAAGCUGUAAAGGACAUAGAAAGUACUCAGGCAGUGGCAAAUAGAGAGUCUUUUGUAAAUCUGCUGAUAGGAAUGACAAGAAAAGGUCAACUAGUAAUGCAUAAGCUAUUAGAAAAUGUUGCUGAGGAAUACAAACGGAUACCUUCAGCUGACAUGGAGAUAGGUCUUGAGCUUCUAAAGAGUCAAAAUGCCACAGAGUUACCAAAGGAGUAUCCGAAUGAUCAAGAUGGCACAGAGAUACCAGAAGAGCUUCUGAAUAAUCAAGAUGCCACAGAGAUGGGAAAAGGGCCUCUGAAUAAUCAGGAGCUUUUGAUAUCAAAUUCUCUUGCUUCUGUUCAGAAUCCACUGGCUAGAACUUCAGCUAAUUUAAAAUUUGAUGUGAAGGAACAUAGUCAGAAUGGACACUUCACGACUUCAAAAGUUCGUGAUGCUGCUUGCUCUUUUACAACACAGGGGCAGACUAAAAGAGAUAACAAGUCAACCCCCUCAAAGCUACACCUAAAAUGUAAUGAUAAGCGAAAAACUGAUGUUAAGGAAAAGCACAAAACUGCUGAUAAAAUCGGCAACAGUUCCCUUAUGUCAUCUCAAGACCAACUGGAGCAUAGGGUCCUACCAAACUUUGAAUCAUUCGUUGUGGAAGAAGAAGAAGGUUCAGGUGGCUACGGCACAGUUUAUAGGGCAAAAAGAAAGACCGAUGGAGUUACAUUCGCCAUUAAAAGUCCACAUGUUAAUGCUAACAGAAAUCAUGUUCAUAAUGAGGUGAAGAUGUUGGAGAGAUUUGGGGGAAAGAACUUUGUGAUCAGAUAUGAAGGUUCAAUCAAGAGAGGGAAUGUUGACUGCCUUGUCUUAGAACAUGUAGAGCAUGACCGGCCUGAGGCAUUAAAGAAAGAGAUCGAUAUCUGCGAACUUCAAUGGUAUGGUUAUUGUAUGUUUAGAGCCCUUGCUGCCCUUCACAAGCAGGGCAUUGUGCAUAGAGAUGUUAAACCUGGAAACUUCCUUUUCAACCGCAAGGCCUGUAAAGGUUAUCUGAUUGAUUUUAAUUUAGCCAUGGACCUGAACCAUAAAUACUUUAACCCUGGUAAAUCAAAGGAAGACCAUGAUAUGAAUCGGAAGCAUGUCCCCACAUCUCAUGCCAAACCUCUACCACCUAUGAAGAGCAAGAGAAUUCUGACACCGGAAAAUACAAGAGAAGCUAAUCAUGGCCAUGGAAAAGUAUCAAAGCUUGCAUUUGGCAAGGAUACAAAGAAGAGGUUUGAAAAUUAUAAUCGCAAUGCUGAGGUUAGCACACGGAGUAUAAUCAAAAGCCAAGGUGCAGAAGGAUCUGGUAUAACCUCGGCAAAAGAUGCAACAAGUACAAAAACCCCAUCUACUGAGAAGUUCAGAGAACCCCUACCUUGCCAAGGUAGGAAGGAGCUGAUCAACCUGGUGCAGGAAGCAUUGCAGGGUGCGAAUCGAGAAGGAGGAAAUGUUACUGUUUCCAGAAGAAAGAGGGUAGCUGCACCUCCUGGCAAAGGGGACCAUAAGUUUGUUUAUCUGACUCCUAUGCCACUGCAGUCAGCAGGUGGAGUUGUUGGUGGUGCGGGGUUAUUAAAAAGUAAAGGGGACGGAAAAGUUAAGCGAGAAGGUCCAUGUGUUGGAACUAAGGGCUUCAGGGCUCCAGAGGUUUUAUUCAGAUCUCUGCACCAGGGACCCAAGAUAGAUAUGUGGUCUGCAGGAGUCACCUUGCUCUAUCUGAUGCUUGGACGGGCACCUUUUGUUGGCGACCCUGACCAGAACGCGAAAGAGAUUGCCAAGCUGAGGGGCAGCGAAGAUCUUUGGGAAGUGGCCAAGUUACACAAUUGCGAAUCUUCAUUCCCAAUGGAGCUAUUUGACAUAAAAUUCUUGCCGUCCAUGAAAUUGCAAGAUUGGUGCAAGCUGAACACUCGAAGACCUGAUUUCCUUAAGGUUAUCCCGAGUUCUCUCUUCGAUCUUGUGGACAAGUGUUUAACUGUAAAUCCUAGACAGAGAAUUAGCGCAGAAGAAGCUUUAAGACAUGAGUUUUUCAAUCCAUGUCAUGAGGCUCUUAGAAAACAUAGGUUAUUAAGACAAGGGGUUAACCUUGAUGAUCCUAGAUCCUCCUCAAAUCAAGUGCUAGGACACUCCCAAACAUGUAAAGAAGUCUCGUGA